UGAAGCAGAGCCCAAACAUCCAAUCAAUUUGUCCGCAUGAGCUAGCUGUGCAUUUCAACAGUUUUAACCAUUCGUUUCGUAGACCGCAUCUUUUCUUCCAUCUUCUGAAACAACAUACAUAACUCAGCACGCUCCAGGUAACCAAGUGUGCUCGGACAAUUACACCUUGUAUCCUUCAGCCACCCACCUGUCCCCUGACGAGCUCCGAGUGUUCCAAUCACCAUGGCAAAGGUUGACCACAAGGUCGUACUCAUCGUGAUCGAUGGCUGGGGCAUACCGUCCGAGACCUCGCCUCCUGAGGGCGAUGCCAUUGCCGCCGCCGAGACACCCGUGAUGGACGAAUUCGCCAAAGAAGGCUCCAAGACUGCACAAGGCUUUACCGAGCUUGAGGCUUCUUCACUCGCCGUCGGUCUCCCGGAAGGUCUCAUGGGCAAUUCAGAAGUGGGUCAUCUCAACAUUGGUGCAGGCAGAGUAGUAUGGCAAGACAGUGUCAGGAUCGGGCAGACAAUCAAAAAGGGCGAAUUAAAGAAAAUUGCGAAUAUCGAGAAGUGCUUCCAAAGAGCCAUCGACGGAAAUGGAAGGCUUCAUUUCCUCGGUCUCGUCAGCGAUGGUGGUGUCCACAGCCACAUCGAUCACCUGGUCGCUUUACUGAAGGUUGCCAAAGAAAUGAAAGUCCCAAAGAUCUUCAUCCAUUUCUUCGGAGACGGCAGAGACACUGAUCCCAAGAGUGCCGCUGGCUACCUUCAAGACCUUCUGGACAAAACGAAGGAACUCGGUGUUGGUGAACUGGCGACAAUUGUUGGUCGUUACUACAUCAUGGACAGAGAUAAGAGAUGGGAUCGUGUGGAGAUCGGUAUGAAGGGUAUCGUCUCGGGCGACGGAGAGGACUCUACGGAUCCUGUUGCAACAAUCAAGGCACGAUACGAAAAAGGCGAAAACGACGAGUUCCUCAAACCCAUCAUCCUUGGAGGCGACGAGAGAAGGAUCAAAGAUGGCGAUACUCUGUUCUUCUUCAACUACCGCUCGGACAGAGUGAGAGAAAUUACCCAGCUGCUGGGCGACUAUGACCAAUCCCCCUUAUCCGAUUUCCCCUAUCCAAAAGAUAUUCAGAUCACUACCAUGACACAGUAUAAGACCGACUACAAAUUCCCCAUCGCCUUCCCACCUCAACAUAUGGGCAAUGUGCUGGCCGAGUGGCUCGGCAAGAAGGGCGUCAAACAAUGCCACGUUGCCGAGACUGAAAAAUACGCCCAUGUGACGUUCUUCUUUAACGGCGGAGUAGAAAAGCAGUUCGAGGGCGAAGAACGAGAAAUGAUCCCCAGUCCAAGAGUCGCUACCUACGACCAAGAUCCUCCCAUGAGUGCCCAGAAGGUGGCAGACAAACUCAGCGAAAGAAUAUCCGACAAAAAGUUCGAGUUCUUGAUGAACAACUUUGCCCCUCCUGACAUGGUCGGCCACACGGGCGUGUACGAAGCGGCAAUCAAAGGAGUCACGGCAACUGAUGCUGCGAUCGGCACUGUGUACGAGACCUGCAAGAAGGAGGGCUACAUCCUCUUCGUGACAGCAGACCACGGUAAUGCAGAGGAGAUGUUGAACGAAGAAGGCAAGCCCAAAACAUCACACACCACCAACAAGGUUCCAUUCGUCAUGGCGAACGCUCCCGAGGGCUGGAGUUUGAAAAAGGAGGAUGGUGUCCUCGGUGACGUGGCGCCAACUGUACUGGCUGCUAUGGGCUUGGAUCAACCCGAAGAAAUGGGCGGGACAAGUUUGUUGAUCAAGAAACGAAAGGCAAGCCAAUUGAAUCCGGAAGCGAAGGAAUAGCAUCCUCCUGGACUACAGAGCGUAAAUUUGUGGCCAGCGCGUGGGUGGACAAUGAGACAGGUGACCCCAGAGAGCCUUGAAUUUCUGGACAUUCGACUCAAUUUUGUGCUUGCUGAGCGCCAGAGACGGAAGAGACGGAACCAGCGAAUUUCUCAUCUGUGAUGAGUAGCGACCAGCACAUCCUGGGGAUUGAUUACCUGCUCAAUUCCCUGCCGUCUAAGCCAAUUCACCUUUCAUCGUGUCAUGUUCAUGGGGCAGAAGGCCGUCCGAGUCCGGUUGUCGCGAACGAUCAGGAGACAGGCUAGAGUUUUUGUAUCUGAGUGCCGGGGCGACUGUUAGUUGUAUUACAGAAAGAUAUAGCUACGUGGUCUUUAUGUGAAGACAGUCAAACAUUCCAAAUGCAAUCAUGAAGCCUUUACCUGCA